AUGGCUUGCUUGGCUUUGGAUGAUGACGGUAUUCUACUUUCGAAUCUUGCCCUGAACAUGCGAAAAUUUGUUGAGGUUUCUCAUUUAUCCCCUGAGUGGGUUUCUUAUGGCUUGGGAUAUGAUUCUAGGGCUUCUAAUUUUAAAGUUGUCAUAGUCCUUUAUUUGACGGGGAGAAAACACAAGAAGAUAUCGGAAAAAUACAGAACCCCUGGGGACAAAAAUAGGGUCCAAGCCUACUCCGCUAAUUCGAAUAGUUGGAAAAUACUCGACUUGGAUAUUCGAUAUAACGUGUCACCGAACAAAAAUGAUGUCAUUUUGCAUGGGAAUCUGUAUUGGCUUGCGGCCAUCGAUGAGAACGAGGUUGUUAUGUAUUUGGUGUGGUUUGAUGUCUCCAAAUCAUUGCUCAAGACGGUGUCUCUCUCCUCUCUUAACUUGGAGAAAGAGACAACAGUGCGUUUUAUGGAUUUUAAUGGUGAUCUGGUGGCAAUAGUGCAUGACGAAAAUGAUGAAAGCGAGUUGAAAAUAAUUUAUUUUUGGGUAUAUGAUAAUGUGGAAAAGAUGUGGAGGCAUAAUUACAAUUGA